CGUGGCACGGCGACACCGCGGCCCUCAGAGCCCUGACCCGUUUCUGGCCAAAUCUGGGCUCGACCUGCCCCCUUCCUCCUCUCAGGGGCAUGGAGGGGCCGUGGGGCGUGUGGGAACUGGAUAUGUGGACGUUAUGGGGAGACUUUUCCCAGCCGCUGGUCCAGGACUCCCCCUCCCAGCCUCACCACGAGGGCAGAGGGUCCCUGGAACCAAGCUUAAGCAGCUGCUUCCGCGUGGCCCCAGGAGAGGCACAGCCAGGUGAUUGGGGUGGCUUAUUUUCCAACUGUCCAGUCCAGCGCUUUUUCCAAUUGUGUCCCUUCCUUGCCACAGGUUGGUACUGGUGCCCCCCCAAGGUGCGAAUUAUUCUGUGACUGCCACCCCUAAGCCCACCCUACAGGGGGUUUUGGAGGAGGACACAGACCUACCCGUCUGCCUCUGGCUUCCUUUGCCUUUGCCGUGGGCCCUAGGCCAGUUGUCCUGCCUGCUGCAGGCCUGGCACUACCUCUGCGUCCUGGCUGCAGGACUGUGCCCCUGCCAGGAAGAGGCAUCAGAAGGGGCAGAGUGGGGAUGCUGGCCAGUCAAGAGCAUCCCUGCCUUGUCUCCUGCCAGCCCUGCCCUGGCUUGUAAGCACUCCUGCUUGGCCAGCAGUUUCCCUAAACACCAGGAUACCCAGGCACUCCUGAGGAGUGUCUCCUCCUGCCUGCCCAUAGGCGACGGGUGUAUAGAAUACCUAGAAAAUACUACGAGGCCCAGACUCCAGCAUUUCUUCUGUGGCCUCCUUGCUAUACAGAAGAAGGGCUGCCAAAGGCUGGGAGCAGCCAAAAUUCUUUGUUUCUUUGGUUGUCUUUGGUGAUGAGAUUGAGAGCCUACCUUUGAUACAGUUGUCACUGAAGUCUUCUAGGAGAACUCCCUAGGGGAACGCCUAGGAGUUUCUCUAGGCCUUAGGGCAGAUUAAUGACCCACUCCCCCUCCACCCUGUGGCUUUUCCUUCCUGCCCUAGGGAUGCCUGCUGCUUUGCUUAGCUCAGUUCAGAGUGUUCCUGAAGUGUGGGAUAUUUGCUUUUGGGCGUGUCUCUCAAGACCUGCUGUGAUUUUAGCAGGUUGGGGCCCCUGAGCUGUGGCCCUGCAUCUAGAUAUACCCAUGCAGGCCUACACUCACCUUCUGGGGUUUGCUGUGACUGUGGCCCACCCUAGUGCCUUGCGUUGGCUGGGGCCCCAGUGUUCUGGUCCCACCUCUAAGGCCUCUUUCCUCCCCUUUCCCAUCCCAGCCAUUUCUGUUCUGCUCUGUCAGAACAUGCCCUGCACUCAGCCCCCUGGGGUCUCUCCAUGCUGUUCCGAGCCCUGUGUGACUCAGCAGCCCAGGCACCGGGGUGUGCAGCAUGUCCUGUGCUGGGUCAUGUUCAUGCUGUGUUGCACCACAAAAUUGUUCUCAGCGACUUCCUGAUUCUCCCAGGAUUCAUUGACUUCAUAGCUGAUGAGGUGGACCUGACCUCAGCCCUGACCCGGAAGAUCACGCUGAAGACGCCGCUGAUCUCCUCCCCCAUGGACACUGUGACAGAAGCUGACAUGGCCAUUGCGAUGGCUCUGAUGGGAGGUAUUGGUUUCAUUCACCACAACUGCACCCCAGAGUUCCAGGCCAACGAGGUGCGGAAGGUCAAGAAGUUUGAACAGGGCUUCAUCACGGACCCUGUGGUGCUGAGCCCCUCGCAUACUGUGGGCGAUGUGCUGGAGGCCAAGAUGCGGCAUGGCUUCUCUGGCAUCCCCAUCACUGAGACAGGCACCAUGGGCAGCAAGCUGGUGGGCAUCGUCACUUCCCGAGACAUCGACUUUCUUGCUGAGAAGGACCAUGCCACCCUCCUCAGUGAGGUGAUGACACCAAGGAUUGAGCUGGUGGUGGCUCCAGCAGGUGUGACGUUGAAAGAGGCAAAUGAGAUCCUGCAGCGUAGCAAGAAAGGGAAGCUGCCUAUCGUCAAUGAUCGUGAUGAGCUGGUGGCCAUCAUCGCCCGCACUGACCUGAAGAAGAACCGAGACUACCCUCUGGCCUCCAAGGAUUCCCACAAGCAGCUGCUCUGCGGGGCAGCUGUGGGCACCCGUGAGGAUGACAAAUACCGCCUGGACCUGCUCACCCAGGCGGGCGUCGACGUCAUAGUCUUGGACUCGUCCCAAGGGAAUUCAGUGUAUCAGAUUGCCAUGGUGCAUUACAUCAAACAGAAGUACCCCCACCUCCAGGUGAUUGGGGGGAACGUGGUGACAGCAGCCCAGGCCAAGAACCUGAUUGAUGCUGGUGUGGACGGGUUGCGCGUGGGCAUGGGCUGCGGCUCCAUCUGCAUCACCCAGGAAGUGAUGGCCUGUGGUCGGCCCCAGGGCACUGCUGUGUACAAGGUGGCUGAGUAUGCCCGACGCUUUGGUGUGCCCAUCAUAGCUGAUGGCGGCAUCCAGACCGUGGGGCACGUGGUCAAGGCCCUGGCCCUUGGCGCCUCCACAGUGAUGAUGGGCUCCCUGCUGGCUGCCACCACGGAGGCCCCUGGCGAAUACUUCUUCUCAGACGGGGUGCGGCUCAAGAAGUACCGGGGCAUGGGCUCACUGGAUGCCAUGGAGAAGAGCAGCAGCAGCCAGAAACGAUACUUCAGCGAGGGGGAUAAGGUGAAGAUCGCACAGGGUGUCUCGGGCUCCAUCCAGGACAAAGGGUCCAUUCAGAAAUUUGUGCCCUACCUCAUAGCGGGCAUCCAACACGGCUGCCAGGAUAUCGGGGCCCGCAGCCUGUCUGUCCUUCGGUCCAUGAUGUACUCAGGAGAGCUCAAGUUUGAGAAGCGGACCAUGUCGGCGCAGAUCGAGGGUGGCGUCCAUGGCCUGCACUCUUACGAGAAGCGGCUGUACUGAGGACAGCGGUGGAGGCCGAGGUGGUGGAGGGGGCGCACCCCAAUGUCCACUUUCGGGCACAACCUCCCUCCAUAACUGAGUGAUCCACAGAUUUGCACUACGGGUUCCCCAGCUCCU